AUGUCGCUUAAAUGUCUCUUUGCAAUCUUUCUGGCGAGCAAUGCAUAUCCAACCCUGCAAAAAGAUGGCACAGCAAAUUACAACGUAAAAACGGAAUCAGAAUUACAUCCCAUUCCUUUACCAGUAUUUCCCGAAACUUCGUCACUUCCUGAACCUGAAACUUCAACACACAUGAAAGUUCCAGAUGACUCAGAACGUUAUCCCAUUUUUCCACCCUUAUUUCCUGAAACUUCGUCACCUCCUGAACCUGAAACUUCAACACAUAUGAAAGUUCCAGAUGACUCAGAACGUUAUCCUAUUUUUCCACCCUUAUUUCCUGAAACUUCGUCACCUCCUGAACCUGAAACUUCAACACAUAUGAAAGUUCCAGAUGACUCAGAACGUUAUCCUAUUUUUCCACCCUUAUUUCCUGAAACUUCGUCACCUCCUGAACCCGAAACUUCAACACACAUGAAUGUUCCAGAUGACUCAGAACGUUAUCCUAUUUUUCCACCCUUAUUUCCUGAAACUUCGUCACCUCCUGAACCUGAAACUUCAACACACAUGAAUGUUCCAGAUGACUCAGAACGUUAUCCUAUUUUUCCACCCUUAUUUCCUGAAACUUCGUCACCUCCUGAACCUGAAACCUCGUCACAAAUGAAAUUACCAAGUGAUUCAGAAGGUCAUCAUAUUCCUUCACUGAUAUUUCCUAGAAGUUCGUCAUCACCUGAACCUGAAACCUCGUCACAAAUGAAAUUACCAAGUGAUUCAGAACGUCAUCAUGUUCCUUCACUGGUACUUCCUGAAACUUCGUCAUCUCCAAGUCUUGAAAAAUCGACACAUAUGGUCAUACCAAGUGAUUUCAGUACGAAUUACGACAUUAGAACAGAAUCAGAAUGGAAUUCAUAUGCUAAGCAAUUCAGUGUUUUACCGUAUUUCCUGAAUCACCCCCUCCUGAGACGUUGA